AUGCCUCUCACAACAGAACUCACCCGCCUCCUCCAUAUCAAGUAUCCUAUCGUCCAAGGGGGCAUGCAGUGGGUGGGCACACCACCCAUGGCAGCAGCUGUAGCCAGAGCUGGAGGGCUUGGCAUGCUUACCGCCCUCACGCAACCCAGUCCAGAUGCUUUAAGGGAUGCUAUCAAGGAGACCAGGCGGUUAAUCGGUGGAGAGAAGAGCGGGCGCUUUGGAGUCAACAUCACUCUUCUUCCUUCUAUCAACCCGCCUGAUUAUGCUGGGUACGCCAGAGCAGCCAUGGAGGAAGGCAUAGACAUCUUCGAGACUGCUGGCAAUAAUCGUCAGUGGAGCUCGUCGGUCCCAAAGCGGUUUGUUAUUCAUAAAUGUGUGACCGUCAAGCACGCGUUGUCUGGACAAAAGAUGGGCGUAGAUAUGUUGAGUAUCGACGGAUUCGAGUGUGCUGGUCAUCCUGGAGAGGAAGAUAUCGGUGGAGUAGUAUUGCUUGCUCGAGCCGCCAAAGAACUCUCCAUUCCUUAUGUCGCUUCUGGUGGCUUUGCUGAUGGCCGUGGUCUCGCUGCAGCUCUGGCCCUUGGUGCUUCUGGUAUCAACAUGGGUACUCGCUUCAUGUGUACGGCGGAAUCGCCUAUCCACCAGAAUAUCAAGGAGAAGAUCGUGGCCUCUACUGAACGAGAUACAAUCCAUAUCUUUAGGCGUAACACUGCACGUGUCUUCAAAAACGCCGUCUCCACGGAAGUCGUCCGUCUUGAGCGGAGACCGGAAGGGGCCAAGUUCGAAGACCUCAGGGAGCUUGUCGCCGGCGCCAGAGGCAAGCAGGUUUAUGAGACGGGUGAUCAUGACGCUGGUAUCUGGUCCGCUGGUAUCGCCGUCGGUCUCAUUGAUGACAUCCCAACUUGUUCUGACCUUGUCAAGCGUAUCGACAGGGAGGCAACAGAAGUCAUUCAAAGAUUGCACGGCAUGACAGAAGCUAGAGCUAAGCUGUAA